UAAUUCCAUACGGGGGGAAGUCUCGCGAUUGUUGGCGUUAUUAGAGAGAGUUGGUGAAGAUGGCGCCUGUUGUGACAGGGAAAUUUGGGGAGCUCCCUCAGCCAAAGCGUUUAACAAGGGAGGCAAUGCGCAACUACUUGAAGGAGAGAGGAGAUCAGACAGUACUCAUACUGCAUGCAAAAGUUGCACAGAAAUCGUACGGCAAUGAAAAAAGAUUCUUCUGUCCUCCACCAUGUGUUUACCUGAUGGGUUGUGGCUGGAAGAAAAAGAAGGAGCAGAUGGAGAGAGAGGGCUGCUCUGAGCAGGAUUCUCAGCCUUGUGCCUUUAUCGGCAUUGGAAACAGUGAACAAGAAAUGCAGCAGCUCAACUUGGAGGGCAAGAAUUUUUGCACGGCAAAAACGUUAUACAUUUCUGACUCGGACAAACGGAAGCACUUCAUGCUGUCAGUCAAAAUGUUCUACGGGAAUAGCGCGGAUAUCGGUGUCUUCCUCAGCAAACGAAUCAAGGUCAUCUCCAAACCUUCCAAAAAGAAACAGUCGCUGAAGAAUGCAGACCUUUGCAUAGCUUCUGGGACGAAGGUGGCUCUUUUUAACCGCUUGCGGUCCCAGACUGUCAGUACGCGGUACCUUCAUGUGGAAGGGGGAAACUUCCAUGCUAGUUCACAACAGUGGGGAGCCUUCUUUAUUCAUCUAUUGGAUGAUGAGGAAUCAGAGGGUGAAGAGUUUACAGUCAGAGAUGGUUAUAUCCAUUACGGUCAGACGGUGAAGCUGGUGUGCUCUGUGACAGGCAUGGCUCUACCCCGACUGGUCAUCCGUAAAGUGGACAAGCAGACAGCGCUAAUGGACGCCGAUGAUCCUGUGUCCCAACUACAUAAAUGUGCCUUCUACCUUAAAGAUACAGAGAGGAUGUAUCUCUGCCUGUCACAAGAGAGGAUAAUUCAGUUCCAGGCCACACCCUGUCCCAAAGAAACAAACAAAGAAAUGGUCAACGAUGGGGCGUCAUGGACAAUCAUCAGCACAGACAAAGCAGAGUACACUUUCUAUGAGGGGAUGGGCCCUGUACUCUCACCUGUCACACCCGUGCCUGUUGUUGAAAGUUUACAGCUGAAUGGAGGAGGAGAUGUUGCGAUGCUGGAACUGACGGGACAGAACUUCACGCCUAACCUAAGAGUCUGGUUUGGAGAUGUAGAGGCAGACACAAUGUACAGGUGUGGCGAAAGUGUGCUCUGUGUGGUUCCUGACAUCUCUGCAUUCCGUGAGGGGUGGCGUUGGGUUCGGCAGCCAGUGCAGGUUCCUGUGACUUUGGUCCGUAAUGAUGGCAUCAUCUACUCCACAGCCUUGACUUUUACCUACACGCCAGAGCCGGGACCACGUCCUCACUGCGGCGCCGCAGGAGCCAUACUGCGGGCCAACAGCAACUCCUCCACCUCACCAUCUUCCUCCUCCUCAUCCUCCAGCCUACUGCUGCAGUCAGCCGUCGACAGCCAGGCAGGAUACGCAGCAACGGGGAGCGUGUCUUCAUCUUCCUCUUCCUCAGCUAUGUCUGUCUCCUAACCUGGGAAUCUCAAUGUGUGUUUGCAUGUGUGAGUAUGUGAGCCUUUGUGAGAGAUGGUGAUUUGUCCACUCGUAGACUCUCCUGCAUAGAUUCAUGGGAUACAGAUCACAAAAAUGGAUAAUGGUGCCACAGAGAGAGAAGAAAAGAGAGACAAGACUUCACACAAAGACUGGACAGAACAAAUGAAGAUGUCUCUUUUCUACUCUCUCUCUAUCUCUCUUUGUUGCAGUUCUUUUUUAGUCUGUUCACUCACGUCGGGGGAAGUGACAAAAGAAGUAAUGUGUGCCGUGGAUCAAGAUGCCACAGGAUCGCUGCGUUAGCCUCACAUAAAAACAAUCAAAAAACAACGAAAAACACUUUCUUUUCAAAACAAAGCCUUUUCUUAGUAAGUGCAAGCUGGAAGUGGCUUUGAGUGAUGUUGUUUUCUACUAAAGGGCUUAAUGCACUGUUUCGCCAGGCUUGGAAGAAAAGUUAUCAUAGUAAUAUAGUUUUUACGGACCAAGGAAUAUUAUUAUUAUUAUUAUUUUUAUUGAUAUAUAAUUUUAUAAGCUUUAGCUAAGGUACAUUUUUCACCUUUUUCAGUUUUAUAACAUAUAGUAAACUUUUGUUACCAAAUAGUUUUGUAUAUUUCUUGUGAGCGUUUGGGCUCAGAAGGAAAAGGUUCAUGCAUUUUAAAAGCCUGAACUUAUAGCUGCCUUUACUCGUCUUGGCAAAUGCCUUAAGUCAUCUGGAGUGUUCACCAGACCCUUUCUGUUUUGUAAUAAUAUUUUAUGUCAUGUAUAUUGGUCUUUUUUCUGCCACUAAACCAAGAUGUAAUAUUGAUGCCAUUUUUGUGUAUUUUGGGAGAAGGUGGCUCUUUUUUCAUAUGUA